CUUCAUAACAUUAUUUCACUGAAUUCUCUUCUUCCAUUCUUCAAACAUCAUUCUCUGAUCAUUUUCUCGCAUUUUCUGUCGUUUUCUCGCCGAUUUUCCUUCGCUGUCGCUUCUCCUCAUUUCUCUCAGAGGUUCGAGUCCUUUGAGAGAAAGAGGUACAGGACAAGGAUUGUGCUACAAACAUUUAUUGGAGUCUAGUAAAAUUGCUUGGUGAGCUUUUGUUUGAAUAGAUGGAAGUUGCAAAAUUCAAGGCCCCUGACACUACAGAUGUCAUGAGAGCAAAAGACGGAGUAGAUAACAUCAUCAGAGAAGCAAUUGGAAAUCAACCUUUCUUUUAUUUUCCAACAAGGGUCGGUGACAGCCCAGGACAGUUGGUUCAAUUACUUCAUACUUUUGAUCAGCAAGAAUAUCCAGGGUGGCCUUUGCUCUAUCCUCUGAAGGCCCCGUCGGACAAAUGUGAGAAGUGUCCUCAAGAGUUUUGCUCCACCAUUAACUAUAGAAGACAUUCACCUCUACAUCACCGAUUCAAAAAGCUUGACAAGGACACUUCAAAAACUAGAGAUUUCCUAGGGGCAUAUUGGGAUAAGCUCUCUGUAGAAGAAGCAAAGGAAGUUGUAUCAUUCGAAAAUGUGAUGCUGGAGGGAGUUCCAGGGUCUUCAAUUUUGGAUACUUUGACGACUCUUACUCAAAAACAAGGAUUUUUUUUACUUCCGCCGUGUUAUCUGAGGGCUGGUGCUGCCCUAUUGGAUAUUCUUGAAUCUAAACCUUCAAGUUUUCCCAUACCUUCCCAUGAGCUGUUCAAUAUCCUUGAUGAUGCUAGUGAAGGAACAUUUUUAUUGGGGACAGCAGCGUCCAUGCAAAAAUAUAUUUUUCUUGGAGGGGAUGAAAAAAUUGGUCUUGAACCCAAAAAUGUAGUUGCUUGCACAAGCUUCUUGCUCGAACAGAUAUUGGUUAAGGCAUGGCUUGCCGACAAGGAUGCUGAAGCUCUGAGGUGCCAGAAGCAAUUGGUGGACGAGGAAGAAGCUGCUAAGAAAAGACAAGCUGAAGUUUUGAAGAGGAAACGCGAGAAAAAGAUUAGACAAAAAGAACAGAAGGCUAGGGAACAAAGUCACAAGCUUAAGGUAGAAACUAAAGGGAAUGUUGACACUACAGUGAAGACUUUAUCAUCAGCAGAAAAAUCUUUGGAUACAUAUGAUGUUGAAGCUCAAAAUCCAGAGUUUGCAAAUAAUGCUCCUUCACAUGUACCUUUUCAACGCCCUGACGUCAAUGAAGAAAAAUAUGGGGAUACUCAGUCAGGAAAUGCGUUUGGUUCCGAUCAGAUUAUUGGACAGCCAGAACGUGAACUGGAUCGUCCGUGCAGAGCAAUUGCAAGAUGGCAAGAGCUGCCAAAACCCCCCCAGCACACCGUUGUCAGUGAUCUGCAUACAAAGAAGAAUCCUCCAAUUUCAAAGCCUGAAGUCGUUCAGCAAUAUGGAACCCGCGAUUAUCAGAGGGAAGAUACUAUAGUUAAUACUGCUGGUAAAGCAUGGCUUGACAAGCCAAAACCUGAAACUGACAGGAUGGUUUUAAAAACCGGAGCGAAGAUCAAAGCUGACCUAGUUAAGAAUCAUGAUGUUUUGAUAGGAUCUAUCCCAGUCAAUUUAGUCAAGAAUCCUGAAGUUUUGAUAGGAUCUAUACCUGUCAAUCUAGUUAAGAAUCCUGAAGUUUUGAUCGGAUCUAUACCUGUCAAUCUAGGCAAGUGCAGCAAAUCAGUAGGUAAUGGGGUGGCAUCUCAAGAAAAAUGUUUGAUUGAGAAUGUGGAAAAGCUGAGUAAUUCUCAGGAUAAGCCAAAGAAACCUGAUUUUGUUAAGACUGGAAAUGACCAAUCAACAGUUAAGCUUUCGACACCAGUUAGUCAGUUUGAAACUAAAGAUCUAUUUCCAGUUCAAAGUCCUGAGGCAGAAGUUGAUGCAGUUAAUAGAGGUGAAGGUUUUCAAAACUUGUCAAAGUUGUCUAGUUAUGGUAGUGAUAUUGGUUUUGAAAAUAAAAUCUCCAAUCCAGAGGGUAGAGUAGAUCCAGGAAAAGUCCAGUUUUCCAGCCAGGCUGCAAAAGCCUUUCUUGCACAAAGAUGGGAAGAAGCUAUGUCAUCAAGUCAUGUGAAGUUGGUUGUUUCGCUUGACGCUGAAUCUCCUGGGAGCCACAAGAUACAGGAUUUGAAGGUAGCAGCAUGUGAAUCUUCUGAUGUUGAUAGAUGCAGCAACAUUCUGGCAAACGAAGAGAACAAGUCACUGUCAACCACCAAAGCUUCGAAAUCCAAACGCAGUGGGAAGUCUAAAACAGGAACCAAUUACAAGUAUAUUCCGAAAGAGAACACAACCUAAUACUAAAGUAGCAAAUUAAAUUAUAUAGUUAUACAGAUAGGCACAGAUCGACUUAGUUGCCGUUUUUUAAGCAGAGUUUCACCAGAUUAGCAGAGUUUUGCCAGAUGAUGGUAGAUUUUUCCGGUGAGUCUUUUUAUAUUGCGACCCAUUUAUAUCUGCCAGACAAUGGUAGAUAUAGCAUCUACCGGACCAUGGUAGAUAUAGCAGGAUUUGGUAGACAAGUUCGUUUUACUUGUGGAGUUUUUAGCAAAAUUUGUGUUAAAGUUUGCUUAGUUACUUUAAAGAUAAUAUUUUUUUUGUUAUUUCUAUUGAGCUCAUUGCUUAUCGUUUAUACUAGGCAAGGUUUAUUUAUUUAUUUAUUUUUUUCCCCCUUUUGACAUAA